AUGUCUGGUUGUGGUAGAAAAGGAAAUGGCCUGGGGAAAGGAAGCGCUGGGUGUCACAGGAGGGUGGUCCAGGAGGGCAUCCAGGGUAUCAGUAAAUAUGCCAUCCGACGUUUGGCCCGCAAAGCGGGUGUCACCCGCAUCUCUGGACUGAUCUAUGAAGAGAUCCGCAGAGUGCUCAAGAUUUUCCUUCAGAAUGUCAUCUGUGAUGCCCUCCCCUACACCGAGUACGCCAGGAGGAAGACCGUCACCGCCAUGGAUAUCGCCUAUGCUCUCAAACGACAGGGGCACACUCUCCAUAUUUCCUGA